AUGGUGCUUUUAUACGUACUGAAAUUAAAUCCAGAAGAAAGACAUUUAUAUCGUGGCAAAAAUGAUUGGUGGUCUACACAUGAUACAAGUUAUUUCUGUCAUCCUGAUCCACGUUAUGACGAAUUCUGUGUUAAAAGCCCAUCUCAAAUCUUGAAAUGGAUCAUAGUGAUCGAAAGUGGUUUUGAUUCGAAAGUUAUCUCUUAUGGAUUAAAUACAGAAUUUGAUGAUACAAAAUGUUUGUGUAUCUAGAAAACGAUAAUCUUUUAUGUCGAUCAUUAAACAUUUCUGUUCGUGACCUAAAUAUAUAGCAUUACAAUUCAAAUUUUUGAUUGAAAAAUAGUUUAAGAAUAGUAUUUACUACUUUUUCUCUCUGAAAAAUAUUCUUCAACUAUACCAAUACUACGUAUAAAAUCAGUCACUGACUUUAGAAUAUUUGUAUCAUAUAAUCGAGUCAACCUGGCAUUGUUUCCUUUCGGAGAAAUACAAAGGAACAGAAUGAAAGUUUUCGCGGAGAGAUGAUUGUAAAAUUUUAAUCGAAGAGAAAAUAAAAUAUCAAACGCAAUGACAAUGUAGUCUCCCUUUGAAUAUUAUUUUUUAACUAAAAAUUCUAGAAGACGAUUUCUAUGUCUUUGCAAGCUCUAUUUAUUAAAGUGCAAAACUAUACAUCGUUUGUGAUCAUUGAUUUUUUUUCUUUUUCUUCUACUGUAAGCAACGGUUAACAUAUUUUUUUUUCAUUACCAUACUAUAUUUGUUGAUAUCAAAACGUGUUCGAUUAUCAAAGAAAAAUACUAGUGUAAAAUCUUUCGCGUUAAAAUAGUGUGACUGAAGGCGCAUCGUUUUCAUUCUCUUCCUUUUUUUUUGAUAAAUGGGUGAUUUUUUUGUAUGCAUAAAAAAUAAGAAUAAUAAUAAGAGAAGUAUCCUACUAAAGAAAUAUAUAAAUGCUUCUCACUUUUUCUUUUUGUCAAAUGUUUUAGAUUAUUUAUUACAUUGACUUUUAGUUUUCUAGAUAAGUUAUAUCAACGAUGAAAAAAAAUAAUUAUUCAUAUUAUCCA